UUAUCUUAACGUGUUUACAUGUAUCGUGUGUAGAUUUCAUUUGUGGAGUGUUCGAACGGUUAAUUUUUUUUUUUUGUGAAUACCGAAUAAUGAUACCUAAUUAACGUCUCUCCGAAAAUGAAACGCUAACAUAUGUUCAAAAUGCUCACUGUAAAGGACGCGAUCGAUUUAGAGUUGUGCGCCGACGAACCGUUCGCUAAUGUGUUAGUUGUUGUGCCGUAGCAACGAAAAUGAUUUUAAUACGAAGAGCGGUCUUCAUCGUAAACACUUUGCUGCUGUGCGUCUUGUCGAUUUUCAACAUUUAUUUCACGAAUGGAGACAUGACCAUUGUCGAUGUCAAAGAAUUUGAAUAUGGAGGUGAUAUAUUUUUUGAGAUAUCGCAUCCACCGGAACUACAGUACACAUAUCGCAUAAGGCCGGCCAAAAGCUUUGGUAUCCCUUUUGACAAAGAAAAGUUUCCAACUAAAAAAACAAAAUUGGUUCUUGUCGAUCCUCAGCAUGGUUGCGAAACGCCUAAAAAUGCAAAGCAACUUCAAGGAAAUGUUGCAUUUGUGAAAAGAGGUGUUUGUAGUUUCUUAAAGAAAACCGUGAUAUCAGAAAUAUCUGGAGCAAAAGCUAUCGUUAUUACAGAUAACAACAUUUAUGACGAUACGGCGUACAUACACAUGAUUGAUGAUGAAAGUGAUUUGACUGCCAACAUUCCAGCUGGUUUCCUUGUUGGAAAGUCUGGGCAUUUAAUACACUCUAAAAUGACUGAACUCAUGAUGACAGAACUACCUAUUGUUUUUCCAAUAAACAUGACCUAUGUACCGAUACAUGAAAUCAAUCAACCACCAUGGAUAUCAAUUUGAAUUGUAUGCAUUCAAUUCAAAUCUAGACUGAAAAUCCCUCCAUGUAUUAUAUUAUGAUAUUUAUGUUUAAUUGACUAAACAAAUAUCUCAUGUGUCAGAAAAUAAUUGCAGAAAACUGUGGACCUAAUUUAAAAAAAAUUUUAACUAUCAUUAACUAUAAAUAUGCUGUUUAUGUAAAUGUAUAACAUUAUUCGGUUAUUUUAUUACAGGGUUAUAUUAAACAGGGAGUUAUUUACAAUAUAAAUAUGUAAUUUUUAAA